CAGUGAAUGACCUGUUCUACAGAGGACAGCGCAUAUGAUAUCUAUGACAAGCUGUAAAGGGCCCAAUUAAAGUAAGCUGAGAAUGUGGUUGAAGCUGAAAGCACAAACAACCAAAGACACAGCAACAUUAACUGACAGGAAGUGGUGAUGAUUGUCACUAUAAGGAGCCCUAUCGGGUUCAUACAGAGUGGGUGCUUUCCUUUCAGUGCCUGGCGAUGAGAGCUACAGUACAGCAAGAACGACGGAGAGACACUUAACAAAUGUUUCCUCUGUUGUUGUAGGUAACUGGAAUCAGCUAUGAAGGGCAUCUGUGGUGGGAAGGUUUAAUGUUUCCACACUGCUCGAUUGUUCUUGGUUGUUAGGUUGCCUGAGAUGUUCUCUGAAUCUUGGAAGCUGGAUGGCCGCAACUGGAAAAGAUCUUCCUUGCAAAAGAAACCUGUCGUUCUUAGAAUUCAAAAUAGCUACGUGUUCAAGGCCCCUGGUGGCAGCACCAUCAGCUUGAACGAAGGGGAAAUUCUUGUAGUGCUGAAAAAGUCUGAUAAAGAUUGGUGGCAAGUUAGAAAAAUUGAGGAUAGUGAAAAAAACAAGCCUUUUCAUGCACCCUCCUCAUAUAUCAGCCAACUGAUCUUGGAGAAGAGCAAAGAACAUAGAAGCAAAGACAAGGAAGGCAAACGUUUUACCAGAUCACAAGAGAACUUGCUGUUUUUCAGUUCUGUUCCUUCUACAAUGGAUGACCAGUCUUACCUUAAGUUUCACUCAGGCGAGUCUUUUGUAGCAGCGAAUCCUACAUCUACCAAGCAUAAGAAAUCUGCCAGCUUCUCCCUUAGUUCCUCUUGGCAUGGUCACUUUCCUAAAAGUGAGAAGGAGAAAUCCCCAGUUUACAAAAGUGUAUCUGAGAAGGUGAGCUUAGCAAACCCAAUGCAGGACAAUCCAGUGUAUUGUAACCUAGAGGAGAUGAAGAUGGGGAAAGGUAUCCCUCCCAGCCCCAUCCAUCCCCCUGUCCACAUGAUUGACAACUGGGAGUGCCACUUUGACCCGCUCUCAGGCAGAAACUUCUACAUCAAUAUAGAAACCAAAGAAAAAACAUGGAAGCCCCCAAGGAAAACAAGAGACAGGACCCCUGGACGGGCUGAUACACCUACUAAAGAUGUGGAAUCAUCUGGGGAUUAUGAGAAUUAUCAAAUCCCUAAAAUACAGUUGAUGCAAAUGAAGGGGGAGCAGAUCAGUGACCUCCCCUUGGAGCAGAACAGCAUGAGCCCAAUAAGCAGCUCACCGUCUUUUAACAACCUCCACAGCAUAAGUAAUGAUGGACAAAUGGACAGGGAGGAGCCUCUGCUACCAAAACUCACCUACACCAAGUCUAUGAUCCUCUCUGAUUCAAGAGCUGCAAGGUCAAACCACAGGAGGAACCUCUCACAAACUAAUGUUGACAAUUAUAGUCAUACAACGUCAGAACUGCAAAGGGUCCCAGUGGUGACUGUCCUGGAUGUUCCCCAUGAGGUGGAAAAGGCAAGCCAGUUAAACAAGACAAAGAUUGCUGAAGGUGGAAGGAAGCUGAAAAAAAACUGGACUACAUCUUGGGUAGUUUUGACAGGAAACAGCCUUAUGUUUUACAAGGAUCCAAAAGUGCUGGUACCUUCUGGUUGGAAACCAUCCAAUAGCAAGCCUGAAAGCAGCGUGGACCUCAGAGGUGCAACAACUGACUGGACUCAGGAGAUGUCAAGCAAGAAAAAUGUAAUCCAUCUUCGCAUGGUGACAGGGAAUGAGUACCUUCUGCAGUCUGACAAAGAACUCUUAAUCCAGGAGUGGUAUGAUGCCCUACAAAGAGUCAUUGAGAGGCUGGACAGAGAAAACCCACUGGAUGACAUCAUUUUAAGAAGAGCAGGCAGUGUGGAGGUCCUGGAUGGGAGUGGUGGGGAGGAAGAAAGUCCACUAAAAACCAACCGGAAAUUCACCUUAUCUUGGGUGAGUUCGAAUCCAGCAGGCUUAGACAAAAAGAAAGUGAAAACAAGGCUAAAGCAACUGUUGGUAAGGAGACCUCCACUGCAGACUCUUCAGGAAAAAGGCCUUAUUAAAGAUCAGGUUUUUGGAUGCCGUCUGGAUGCUCUUUGUCACAGAGAGAACAGUACAAUUCCAAAGUUUGUGUCUAUGUGCAUCGAUGCUGUAAAUGAGCGAGGUCUGGAGGCUGAUGGAAUAUAUAGAGUCAAUGGUAACUUGGCGACUAUACAGAAACUGAGAUUCAUUGUUGACAGAGAAAGGGCAGUAACAACGGAUGGACGGUAUCUAUUCCCGGAACAGUUGUCUCAAGAGGAGAAGUUGGACCUCAGUAGCAGUGAUUGGGAAGAUGUUCAUGUGAUCACAGGGGCUUUGAAAAUGUUCUUCCGAGAGCUUCCCGAACCCCUCAUUCCAUUUGGCAUGUUUGAGCAGUUUGUAGAAGCAGUUCAAAUUCCAGAUCUUGAUGAAAGGAUAGAAACUAUUACAGCGCUAGUGAGUGUCUUGCCAGAGCCUAACCAUGACACAUUGAAGCACAUACUAUCUCAUCUAAAAAGAGUAAUGGAGCAUUCUGAAACAAACCGUAUGACCACUCAGAACAUUGGGAUUGUUUUCGGACCAACAUUGAUGCGACCAGAAAAGGAACUGUUUUCCAACAUUGCAGCAAAUAUGGUAUAUCAGAACCAAGCAGUAGAGCACUUUCUCACUUACUACGAGGAGAUCUUUUCAGAUGGUCCUGAGGAGUAGGGAAAGAACUCUGACAUUUAGUUUGUGCAGUUUUCAGGACUAAAAUCUGUAGUUGAAGAUUCAUUCAAACUUUGGAACGUAACAAUAAUCUGCCACUGAAUCAGCAGAUGAAUGCAAGCAUCGGAGAUGGCUUUCGUCUAAACAACAUAAGAUGACUUAGAGGUUGGAAUUCAACAUUUUGAAAUAUACAGCGUUGUGUAUACAUGGAAUCAGGGGCGGGGGCAUCCUAGGCAACCCAGCCAGCCACCUCACCCCCCGUGCACACUCGCGCACACAUAGUGACAACACAGGGGAGCAAGCGGAGAUGAGGAGAGCCAAGAAAUCCCAGACUAGAAGUAGGAAGAAGGCUUUCCAAGAGGUACCUGCCCAGUGCCCCCCAGCCAUUGCUCCCUAGGCUGGUGCCUCUUUUGCCUACCCCUAGUUCUGGCCCUGCAUGGAUUACAUUAGAAAUAAAAUGUCCUUAAAUCACCAGGGUUGCAGAAAAAACAAUCAGGAAAAACUGUGUGAUGGUUAUUGUCCAUUGACAAGUUCUCCUUAUGCAAGAACCACCAGAAAAAAGUUUUACCUCAAGAUGAGAGGAUAUCCAAGAUAAUUAAACAUAGGAAGAUUCUGGUUUUGAAUGUGUUUACAUUAUUGACUUCUAUAGUCACUUCAUAUAGACAUUCUAUGCAGCAAGUAAAAAACAUUCUACUGUAUGAAAAAGAAAAAGAUACAAAUACAUACCAAGUAAGGGUCUUUUCUGUGCUUCAGUCAUAGUCAGGCAGUAGUGACAUGGUUUUUGAGGCAAGUUGAGUAUAAUACAAACGAAUAAGUUAUAUUGAUUAUUGUAAGGUUCACUGGGGGGGUUAUUUACUAAACUCCGAAUGCAAAAAUCCCAAAAAAUGUUAGAUUUUUUUUUUUUAUAAAAUCAGACUUUUAAAAGAUCUUUUUUAAAAAAUUUCGGAAUUUAUUAAAAAGUCCGAAUUCAGACCUGUCAAGAUUGCAUAAAAGUCAAUGGGAGAAACCCCAAAGAUUUUAUGAUGUGCGCUGGGUUUCCUGCAAUUCACCAAAGUUGUCGGGCAAAAAAGCACAAGAAAUCUGAGUUUUUGGGUGAAAAAUCCAAAAAAAUCGGAUUUCCCACAAAGCAAAUUUUCUGGAAAAUGGUUUAAUAAAUAAGCGUCAAAAACCCAGGCGGAAUUGAUCGGAGUUUGUAGCAGAAAAUGUUGAGAUAAAAUCGGACUUGUUGGGUUUGAAUGCUUCUGUUACACCAUUCCCUCAAAUUGCUGAAAUUAAUGAAACAGAAUCAAUUAUCAUUUUACGGAUGUUCCAUAGUUAAGGGAUGAUAUGACAACUAUAACUGCCAAAGAAUGCUUCAUUCAGGAUUGAGAAAGAAUAAUGGUAUUACCAACAGGCCUGCAGUAUGUGCUGAAUAUUCAUGGGGCAUUGGGCAGCAACACAAGUGGUUAUUGAUUCUCACAAGGGCAGCAGUAGAUAGAGGAAAUGGCACCAAUAUUGGAUUCAUUUGUAGAAUGUUUUGAACUGUGUUUGGUCCUUCUGUAACCAUUUAUAUAGUAGGUAAUAUACCACCUCUGUAGUGUCACCAAGUUCUAGGACUAAAAACACAAGUCUGUGGUGCUGCUGCUUGUAGUCAGGAAAGUUACUGUUAUGGAAAACAUAAAUAAAAUACUAUUUAAACCCAUCACCCAUUGUAAUCAUGGUGCUGUUUAUAUCUAAAUUUUCUAAAAUGGAAGCUCAUUUUUCAGGCAUUGCAUUAUUUAAACAAGUGUGCAUCACGAUAAAAUUUAGCAUCGGCACAUUCAAAAACAAUAUUGCAAUAUUCACUUUAAAGACUCAACUGAGAACAUUAGUGGCAGCCAGAACACUCAGCUCCAGCUCUUUCUAUUGCCAUCUUACUCAUGAAUAGUCUAGACCAUAUGCUUGUCAUCUUUGAAUCACUGGUAUAUGAGUGAAAUGACUACAUCACCUGUCACAGGAGCAACUAGUCAACAUCAAGGGUUCCCAAGUAUUUCAGUUCUAUUAUUUUCCACCUCCAAGUCUGAGUCCAAAAUACAUUAAAAGAUAAUGUAUAACACGCUUCUACAGUUACAGUUCUUGAGAUCUUGAGAAACUUAAGGGUCAGGAUUAAUUAAAAAAAGCCCGUAUAUUGGAUAAUACCAGUGGGUCAUUUUUGAUCAUAUGUCAACCCUUGUUCCAAAUGCCUAAAUAAAUAUCUUGUAGCUAGGUCCAUUAGGUAGGUGAACUGCCAGGUGGUGGAAUCUGGAGAUUUACAGUAAUUCCUUUCUUCUUGUCACUUGUGAUAUACAGUACUAAACAUUGUAAACAGCAGAUGUUUAAACUAAAGCAAUACAGAAUGUGAAGUUAAAGAUGUGAAUCUGUAUAUUUUUACUAUAUUUUCAAUAAACAUUUUAAAAAUA